ACACGCAUUUGUGACUCCUGCACCUUCCCCGUCUCAUGCAAAAAGAAGAGAGAAUACAUAAAUUCCCCUCCUAUUCUCCCUAUACUUCUUCCCACAUCACAACCGUCCACUGCAAAAUGCCCCACCUCACGUGGUUCUCCCCCAACCGUCCGAUCACUACCUAAAAACAUCCGUCCACUUCAACUACAAAGGUGGCUGGACUUCCUCUGUUACAGAGACACGAAACGGGAGAGAAAGUAAGAGAAGCAGUGAAAGAGGAAGAGUAUGAAGGAAGCGGCGGCGGGUAAGGCAAAGGCAAAGGCGUUGAUGUUGGGAGGAGAAGCGAGUAGUGGGGCACAGCAAAGGACCACGUUGGGGAUCAUGAAGAGAUCUGUUGGGAAACCGGGAGCGGUGGGGAGGACGGAGAGCGAGAAGGAGAAGACGAAGAUGAGGGAGAGGCAGAGGAGGGCCAUUACCACCAACAUCUUUCACGGCUUGCGAAAGCACGGCGGCUACCACCUCUCCCCUCGCGCCGACAUCAACGAGGUCCUCCGCGAGCUCGCCAAGGAGGCAGGCUGGAUCGUCCAGCCCGACGGCACCACCUACCGCUCUUCUAACGGUAUGAGCUGUUGUCCGCUUUGUGGGUCGUGGAGAACGAGCAACAACAGUACAACACCGAGCAGCACUGUCGUGGUUGGUAGCGGAGGAGAAUAUUGCUCAACCACAGCGUCGCCGGUAAGGGAGUCUACGAUGAACAACAGCAGCAACAACAAAAUCGGUGGUGAGCCGACAAUACUAAGUUCGCUCUUCGUCUCCGGCGGCGUUGGACGUUCGCCCGACGCUGACAUUCCCCUUGAUCAACUCUACAUGUACGAAUCAGGGUUCACCGGUGGGCUCCACCACCCCAAUUUGUCCGCCGGCGGUGGUGGGCCAUUGGGAUUAGGACCUACAUAUAAUCCUCAGCAGUUGUAUGCGCAGGAAGCGAGGGCGUCCAACCAAAACACGCCCGUGGGUUCUCCUCUACGGCGCGCUUAGAAAGUUGAAGCUUUUCCUCGAUCUAGUUAAAAAUGGUUGCAAUAUAUAUAAUACUAGUAGGCUACGACAGAAGUAUACAGAAAGUGAUAACAAGGCCGGGUGCUUCUUUUUCUGCAACUUUUUUGUUCUUUCCGGCUGAAUUGAUACCCGUUAAUCUAGAUAUAUUGUGGGGGCGAAAGAAUCAAAGCAGCCAUGCAUUUUGUUUAAUCACAGAUAGAAACGUGCUGUUUUUAUUAGCUCAUUUUUUCC